AUGAAGCAACUAACAAGUCUAUUCCCCAAUAAAAUUACCAUCCAAAUACCACAGGAUGAGGCCCAGCUCUUAGAUUGGAAACAAGAGUUGGAUCGAGAUGUUGAAACUCUUAAGGCCAAGGCUAACAUUCUUAGCAUCCGAUUUUACUUCUGCGAGGAGGAUAUUGUGGUUACGUUAACAAUUGAGGAAGCAAUUGAGAAAGCCAAUAGCACUAAGUAUGGACUGGCAGCAGGCAUUGUGACCAAGGAUCUCAACACAACUAACAGAGUAUCGAGAUCGAUACGUUCUGGUGUUAUAUGGAUAAACUGCUACUUUGCUUUCGACCGGGACUGUCCUUACGGAGGAUACAAGAUGAGCGGCUUCGGAAGAGAUUUGGGACUCAAUGCACUUGAUAAAUACCUUCAAGUUAAGUCAGUAGUCACUCCCAUCUUUGGUUCUCCCUGGCUUUAA